UUUAGCAAGAGGAACGCGCCAUGGUAUCAUCUUGAACGACUCGUACAUUAUUGAAGUAAGCUGACCGACCUAUCGGAACUCAGGAUUGCUACUUAAGCUUCCCCCAGCCAAUAAGAUCACAGAAGGAGUACACAUACUCACUCCUUACAGCUCUCAUAUAUCAACUCGCGCCUUACACCAGCAUUCCACAGCAGCAUUCCGAAUGUUGAUUUAGCUUGAAUUCUCUCCUCUCUCUCUCUCUCUCUCGGUCUCUUUUGCCAGGUUUGUCACUGCGCGGCAAAUGUCUUUUGAUCUCGACGGGAAACAUUUUUCAAUUAUUUGGUUUGGUUUCAUGAAUUGGAGAAGGCUCUGGUGUUUGGAAUAUUCAUUGGGCAUGACAAUUGACACUUUCUUUUUCUGGAAAGCUUCCUUCUCAUUUCGUUCUAAGUAGAGUUAAUUAAUUGUUUCUGUGGAAAACGACCUAUUGGGACUUAAUUUUGAAUUAAUAUAUGGGGAAAGCACUGCGUCUACCUCCGGGGUACCGAUUUUGUCCCACUGAUGAUGAGCUGGUUGUGCUCUAUCUAAAAAGGAAAAUAAAGGGUGAACGUUUCUAUCCUGAACCAGUUGCAGAGGCUGAUAUCUACAAGUUUGCACCUUGGGAACUUCCAGGUAAAUUCAAAUCCGAAAGUGGUGAUCUGCGAUUGUACUUCUUAUGCCCAGUAGAGAAAAAGUAUGCUAAAGGGCAAAGAAUCAAUCGGGAAACCAAAGAUGGGUGCUGGAAAAAAACUGGAAAAGAUAGUUCUGUUCAUCACCAUAAAGAGUUGGUGGGGUCAAAAAAAACAUUGGUUUUUCACAAGAACCUCAACUUGACAGCUACAGGUUUACGGGGAGGAAAAGCACCACAAAGGGAACGAACUGACUGGGUUAUGCACGAGUACAGCCUUGGAGAUCAGUAUAUGGCCAAGGAAGGAAUUGUCAAGAACACGUAUGUGCUCUGUAGGAUUUUCCAGAAGGAGGGUCUGGGGCCAAGAAAUGGUGCUCAAUAUGGAGCACCAUUUAAGGAGGAAGAAUGGAAUUAUGAUGAGGAGGAUGACUCUGCAGAAACUGUCACUUUAGCUGGUUUGUUGCCUAAUAGCAGUAGCAAUUUGGCUGCUAUCGGCACGAACGUAUUGGGUGUCACAACAUCUGAGUCAGGUUUAUCUGAAGCUAUACAGUCACAACGUGAGGGGAUUUCUGCAGUUCUCAAUAAUGAUGCCUCAAAUGAGUUAUCUCAAGUAUUGGGCAAUAACAAACCUAUCAAAAAAAAAGUAUUGGGCAAUAACGAGAUUCUUCCAAAAGUGCCUACUUCCUUCCAAGAGGACAACCCUUCGAUUUUGAGUGAAGAUAACAGAAAUAGGGAUCUCAAUCAUCAGGAAGAUGCACUUAGUAUAUCUGAUAUAAUGGAUUCAUUUGAAGAUUUCUACUAUUGUGAGGGAGACGAUUUCCCCCUGGGAGACCUUUUUUUGGGCAUGGCUGAUCUCGAACGCCCACUGGACGCUCAUCCUACAUAAAAUUCUGUCCCAAAAAAUAUUAUUGGAAAAUGUAUGUUUAAUAUCUGGAACUUCAAAUUUGUACUGAAUAAUAAGGAACUUCAAAUUUGUACUGAAUAAUAAGAAACUUACCAUAUUUAAACA